AUGGAAGGGGGUUACUCCUCGGACUUAUUUUACAAAGUCCCAAGCGGUGACCAGCAGGAGGGGAGGGGCAGCGAGCCUCCUGCCUCUGAGGACCCCGGAACCCUGGGGAGCUCUGCGCUCUUCACCAAAAGGCCACAGGCCCUGGUGGAGGAGGAGGAGGAGGAGGAGCCCAGGGGCGCGCUCACGCAGCAGGACCUGCAGGAGACCUGCGUCCAGCUGGCCCAGGGCGUGCAGGAGUGGCCGGACGGCUGCGUCUACCGAGGGCAGUUCGGCCCAGGCGUGAAGAUGGGCUCUGGAGAGUUCUCGUGGCCCACGGGCGAGUCCUACCGCGGGCAGUUCUACCGGGACCACCGCCACGGCUUUGGCACCUACACGUGGCCGGACGGCUCCCAUUUCACCGGCAUGUUUUACCUCAGCCACCGAGAAGGCUACGGCACCAUGUACACGAAGGCACGGCUCUUCCAGGGGCUGUACCGAGCGGACCAGCGCUUUGGACCGGGCGUCGAGACCUUCCCCGACGGCAGCCAGGACGUGGGGCUGUGGUUCCGUGAGCACCUGCUCAAGCUGUGCACCUCGGUGCCGGGCGGCUUCUCCAUCUGCAGCUACCCGGAGUUCGCGGGCUUCCUGGCGGACGCGGCGGCCCGAGUCAGCCUCCCGGACGAGGGCACCAUGCCCUGGGACCUGCGCGAGCAGCAGGACCCGUUCUUCUACGAGUACAAGCGCUUCCUGCUGGACGACGACCUGACGCUGCCCCCGGAGAUGCACGUGUACUCGACCGACAACACGCACAUGCCCGUGACGCGGGCGCUGCGCCGGGACCUGGACGCCAGCCUCUUCCUGCACAGCGUCCCCCCGUUCGCCGAGGACGGGGGGCCCUGGCUCCUCCGGAACGAGACCCCUCUGCUGGUCAGAAUGCAGAGGCAGGCUUACAAGUUCAGGAACACGCAGGCGCACUCCAGCUGGAACAUGGGCGCCAUCCUGGAGGGGGACCGCAGCGGCUUUGCGCGCCCGGGGCCCAGGGAGCGGCUCUCCAGGGAGCUGAUCCUGAAGGCCGAGGAAGGGAACUACGGCUGGAUCUACAGCAUCCUGAGGGACAACCUGGCCAGCCCCGACGUGGCCGACGCCCAGGGCUACACUGUGCUCGCCGCGGCUGCAGUCCGCUGUCACACGGACAUCAUCAACCUGCUGCUGGACAACGGGGCCGACGUGAACAAGUGCACGGACGAGGGCCUCACGCCGCUCAGCAUGUGCUUCCUGCUCUACUACCCGACCAGCUCCUUCAAGCCCAACGUGGCCGAGAGGACGGCGCCCAAGACCCAGGGCGCCCCGAAACCCCCGGGAGCUCCGUGCCGCUCCUCCGUGUUCCCCGGCCCCGGCUCCGCCUCCCACGACGAGCUGGCCCGCACGCCGGGCAGCCAGGAGUCCGUCCCCCCGAGGGGCAGCCCCGAGAAGUGGGAGUCGCUGCGGGACAGCGCCAGCGAUGCGGGCAAGGGGCUGGACGACCGGUGGGGGAACCUGGACAGGUACAUCCUGGGCAGCGAGACCCACUCCGAGACCAGCGCGCACAGCUUCUUCGCCGCGGUGCCCUCGCAGGACACGCUGGAGCGGAGCACCGGGCCCCGCGGCACGCUGGAGACGCUCUACAGCGAGGUGGGCUCGGACCCCGGCGCGGAGCGGCGGACGACGCAGUGCGCGGCCAGAGAGAGAAACAUGUGGCUGACCAUCACCCUCCUGCUGCACCGAGGCGCCGACCCCAACCUGUGCCGAGUGCCCAUGCAGGUGCUGUUCUUCUGCGUGAAGGCCGGCGACGUGGACGGGGUGCGGACGCUGCUGGAGAACGGGGCCAGGACCGACAUCCGGUUGCCUGAUAAGCUGGGGGCCCUGACCCCCCUCCACAUCGCCGCAGCGCUCCCCGGGUCGGAGGGCGUCAGGAUAACAGAGCUGCUGCUUCACACGAUCACGGACGUGGAUGCCAGGGCCACCGACCAGGACCACGUGUACAAACGGGACAAGCUGGACAUGCUGCUGCCUUCGAGCCUGAAGCUCAACGGCGAGGUGGGCCCGCCCAGCAGCUACCACAGCGCACAGACGUCUGUCCCCGACGAGGGCGGCAGGACGCCCCUGCACGUGGCCUGUGAGCGGGAGGACAGCUACAGGUACGCCCGGGACGUGGUCCAGCUGCUCCUCGCCCACGGGGCCGACACCAGCCUGCUGUGGAGCGGCCACUCCCCGCUGUCCCUGUCCAUCGCCAGCGGGAACGAGCUGAUUGUGAAGGAGCUCCUGGCCCACGGCGCAGACCCCAACCUGCCCCUGACCAGAGGCUUGGGCAGCGCCCUGUGUGUUGCCUGCGACAUCUCCUACGAGCACCGCAGGGGCACGGACAGCAAGCUGGCCCUGAUUGACCGGCUCAUCAGCCACGGGGCCGACAUCCUGGCCCCCGUGACCAUCACACAAGGGGACAAGGUGGCUGUGGGCACGGCGGUGGACUACGGGUACUUCAAAUUCUUCCAGGACCGGAAGGUCGCCCACUGCCCCUUCCACAUGCUGAUGCCGGCGGAGCGGGAGGCCUUCCUGGCCCGGAAGCGGCUCCUGGAGUAUCUGGGCGUGCAGCUGCGGCGCGCCGUCCUGGCCAAGGAGAGCCAGUGGGACCCGAAAGUGCUGUACCUGAGCAAGAGAGCGGAGCUGACCCCCUGCUUCCGGCUGAAGCAGAAGAGCUCCUACCUGCCGAAGGCGCUGCAGCCAGAGGAGCUGGAGCUGAUCCCCUUCUUCAAGUUCUGCUACCAGUGCGGCCGCUCCGUGGGGGUGCGCCUGCAGCCCUGCAACCGCUGCUACGGCAUCCUGACCUGCGGCAAGACCUGCAAGACCAGGGCCUGGAGCGAGUUCCAUGGCAAGGACUGCGGUGCCCUGGCCGCCCUGGGGAACACGUAUCUCCGCCGGUACCGGAGGGCCCAGGAGCCGCUGAGGCACAUGAACAGGUUCACGGACUCCCUGUGGCACAGGUGGAAGCAGGUCUACACCGACUACAACCAGGAGUGAGCGGGGGCCGCCCCGCUGCCCCCGAGGGUGGACGGGCCCCAGGCUGCCCCCGCACCCAGGCAGCGGAGGGGCUGGGCACCAGGCCCCCCGGGGCUGUCGGAGGGGCGGGGAGCACACAGCCCCGCUCCGCACGGGUCCCAGAGGCCCUGUCGCACCCAGGCCAGCAGCAGCCGCAGGGUCCAGGGGGGCGGGGGGCCCUCCUCGAAGCCUGUUCUCCCUCCCAGGGCGCAUGUCCACCCGUGCUGGGGCCAGCACCCUGGGCCCCAGGGAAGCGAGGCUUGGCUGAACGCCAG